AUGCAAGUUGGAUGCUGCAAGCCGCAGCAGCAGCAGCCGCAGCAGCAGCAGCAGCAGCAGCAGCAGCAGCAGCAGCAGCAGCAGCAGCAGCAGCAGCAGCAGCAGCAGCAGCAAGCAGCAGCAGCAGCAGCAGCCGCAGCAGCAGCAGCAGCAGCAGCAGCAGCAGCAGCAGCAGCAGCACAAGCAGCAGCAGCAGCAGCAGCAGCAGCAGCAGCAGCAGCAGCAGCAGCAGCAGCAGCAGCAGCAGCAGCAGCAGCAGCAGCAGCAGCAGCAGCAGCAGCAGCAGCAGCAGCAGCAGCAGCAGCAGCAGCAGCAGCAGCAGCAGCAGCAGCAGCAGCAGCAGCAGCAGCAGCAGCAGCAGCAGCAGCAGCAGCAGCAGCAGCAGCAGCAGCAGCAGCAGCAGCAGCAGCAGCAGCAGCAGCAGCAGCAGCAGCAGCAGCAGCAGCAGCAGCAGCAGCAGCAGCAGCAGCAGCAGCAGCAGCAGCAGCAGCAGCAGCAGCAGCAGCAGCAGCAGCAGCAGCAGCAGCAGCAGCAGCAGCAGCAGCAGCAGCAGCAGCAGCAGCAGCAGCAGCAGCAGCAGCAGCAGCAGCAGCAGCAGCAGCAGCAGCAGCAGCAGCAGCAGCAGCAGCAGCAGCAGCAGCAGCAGCAGCAGCAGCAGCAGCAGCAGCAGCAGCAGCAGCAGCAGCAGCAGCAGCAGCAGCAGCAGCAGCAGCAGCAGCAGCAGCAGCAGCCGCAGCAGCAGCCGCCGCAGCCGCCGUUGAUCUAUGA